CCAAGAUAUCGACAUGCCGCACCAUCGGGCCCAUGGCCAUGGAUGGACUUCAACAUAGAAUUUACGACCUCUACGCAUACCAUUGAUCCAUCCUGGCGGGGGUACCCUCAGAACCAAUUCGGGAACUGGACUCCAGACCAAGUAGGGCGUAGUAAGAUGCUCGAAAAGUGCCAGAUGAAUAAGUCUAGCACCGUUUACUGGAUGGAUGUGCAUGAUGAUAGGAGUUUUACAAGCCCAGAUAUCGGAGGAAAUGGUGGUACCAUGGUAGUGGGAACUGAAAAUGAGGAUGGGUUUUGGGAUAUAUUACAGAAGGAGGUGAAUGAUUUGCAGCGAGCAGAAAAUAUCCCAGUGCGAUCGAUAUUUGUGGAUGACUUAAGCUCGCCCGUCUUGCGCAUGCUGGGCACAACAUACAACAUCGAACCAUUCUUUUUCACGUCCUCCAUAAAUUGGAUACCCUCACGAUAUCAGGAAGCACCUAUCCAUGAAAAAGGAGAUCACAUUACUAUUACCCUGCCAUUUGUACGAACGCUGCGUGCAGACGCUGGAUCAACACUCACCUCUCCAACACCCACCUCUCCAACACCGCUAUCGCAAUCCCGGAGUAAGCGACCCAUCAUCUGUCGUAGUCAUCCUUGGUAUGUGUAUCAAUAUCCUUAUAUCCACAUUCAAACGUCCGUCCUAGAUGGCAGCACGCUCUUCAUUGACCUCCUCGCAAUUCACAUGGUCCGGGACGUAAAGACAAGCACCAUCAUCUCCUACCAUCCCGAGUCCACAUGGUGCCGGACAUCCGCGAAGCGCCUUCACUCGCUCAUGCAGCUUGUAGGGGGCAGCGUAUACUGGCAAAAAAUAUUCGCCAAGUCAAAAGACCCAACGUUCUUCUUCCUUGCGAUUUUAUGGUAUCCACUAUAUGCAUGGGAUGAGUCCUUUGAGCUGCUGUACACCCAUGUUAGUGAACUGGAGUCGACGGUAUUGCAAACGAAUGACAACACGGAGUCCACGCGCGAGCUUCAUGUCCUCCAAGCGCAUCUCUUGCACUAUCAAUCACUCCUUCAUUACUUCAAGGUAUCAGUAGAAUUUAUCGCGGACACCCAAAAUCCGGCCAUGGAGUCUACUAGCGUCUCCGAGCGCGACGAAUCAAAGAAACUGAUGGAGACGGAGUCCAAGAAUCUAAUCAGCGAAAUCGAUCGUCUAGAAAAGCGACGUGAGAUGCUGACUAACCGACUGAAGAAUGUGAUGGAGCUUGCUUUUGCGACUGUUAAUCUCAACGACAGCAAACAGACGCGAAAACUGACGGAGGCGACGGUCAGGGACUCGGCAGCUAUGAAACAGAUCUCGUACCUCACAAUGAUCUUCCUGCCGGCAAGCUUCUUAGCGUCUGUGUUUGGAAUGAACGUCGGAGAGUUCAGUAAUGGAGGUCUACAGACGCUUGCCCACUACGCCGAGGUCACCGUGUCGCUCACGCUCCUCACAAUUUACGUCGUUAUCACGUUUCAGACGCAGAGCACAUUCCACGACCCCCGUGCUCCAUUCCUGCGGCGUGCAGUGUGGCCAGGCAUGUUUCCACACCUUUACAAUGAGUUCAAGCUGGGCAAGGGCGAGGUGGAGAGCGUGCAUGGGAGAAAGGGCCUGAUGGAUGGGACUCUGCUCUGCAGGCAGCAAAGGCAUGGCUCAUGGCGGACGCAGCGCAGCGCCGGGCGCCUGUUCACCAUAAUAUAUAUUCAUCGUCCCCCUUCCUCACGACAAUUCCUGCAUGAACUGAUUCCAACCGCCAAGACAUCAUGGCAGUCAAAGCAUUGGCCACCGCCUUUAGACUCUGUCCUCUUAUUUUCCUUACUUUUGCUGACUGACGCUCUCCCCAGAUAUCGACAUGCGGCACCAUCAGGACCAUGGCCAUGGAUGGACUUUGAUGUAGAUUCUACGAGCUCUACGACUGUCAUCGAUCCAUCCUGGCGGGGGUACCCUCAGAAUCAGUUCGGGAACUGGACUCCAGACCAAGUAGGGCGUAGUAAGAUGCUCGAAAAGUGUCUGGGGAAUAAGUCUAGCACAAUUUACUGGAUGGACGUGCGUGAUGACGGGAGUUUUGGAUGUCCAGAUCUCGCAGGAAAUGGUGAUACCAUGGUAGUGGGAAUUGAACAUGAGGAUGGGUUUUGGGAUAUAUUACAGAAGGAGCGACCAGAAAAUAUCGGAGUACGAUCGAUAUUUGUGGAUGACUUAACCUCGCCAGUCUUGCGCAUGCUGGGCACAACAUACAACAUCGAACCAUUCUUUUUCACGUCCUCCAUAAAUUGGAUACCCUCACGAUAUCAGGAAGCACCUGUCCAUAAAAAAGGAGAUCACAUUACUAUUACCCUGCCAUUUGUACGAACGCUGCGCAAAAAUUCUCGAUCAUCACUCACCUCUCUAACAUCGCUAUCGCGACCCCCGAGUAAGCGACCCAUCAUCUGUUCCAUCAUCUGCUCCUUUCCCUAUGAGUGGUAUGUGUAUCAAGAUCCUUAUAUUCACAUUCCAACGUCCGUCCUAGACGGCAGCAUGCUCUUCAUCGACCUCCUCGCAAUUCACAUGGUCCGGGACGUAAAGACAAGCACCAUCAUCUCCUACCAUCCCGAGUCUACGUGGUGCCGGACAUCCGCGAAGCGCCUUCACUCGCUCAUGCAGCUCGUAGGGGGCAGUGUCUACUGGCAAAAAAUAUUUGCCAAGUCAAAAGACCCAACGUUCUUCUUCCUUGCGAUUUUAUGGUAUCCACUAUAUGCAUGGGAUGAGUCCUUUGAGCUGCUGUACACCCAUGUUAGUGAACUGGAGUCGACGGUAUUGCAAACGAAUGAUAACACGGAGUCCACGCGCGAGCUUCAUGUCAUCCAGGCGCAUCUCUUGCACUAUCAAUCACUCCUUCAUAAUUUCAAGGUAUCAGUAGAAUUUAUCGCGAAGACCCGCAAUCCGGCCAUGGAGUCUACUAGCGUCUCCGAGCGCGACGAAUCAAAGGACCUUAUGAAAAAGGAGUCCGAGAAUCUACUCAGUGAAAUUGAUCGUCUAGAAAAGCGACGUGCGAUGCUGUCCGACCGACUGAAGAAUGCAAUGGCCCUUGCUUUUGCGACUGUUAAUCUCAACGAUAGUAGGCAGACGCGAAAACUGACGGAGGCGACAGUCAGGGACUCGGCAGCUAUGAAACAGAUCUCGUACCUCACGAUGGUCUUCCUGCCUGCAAGCUUCUUAGCGUCUGUGUUUGGAAUGAACGUCGAAGAGUUCAGUUCUGGGGGUUACGAGACGCUUGCCCACUACCUCGAGGUCACAUUGUCGCUCACGAUGUUCACAAUUUACAUCGUUGUUACGCUUCAGACGCAAAGCUCAUUCCACGACCGCGAUGCUCCAUUCCUGCGGCGUGCAGUGUGGCCAGUUCUUACUUUCUGGAAGAUUAUGUAUAAGCCAAAGGAGAAGACGUUGAAAGACAUGGUAUGA